AUGAAGGUCAUCCUCGCCAUCAACGCCGGGUCCAGCUCUGUCAAAGUCUCCGUCUACGCGGCCACCUCGGCGCGCGCAACUCCGCGGCACCUCGCCGACGCCCAGGUCAGCGGCCUCACGGCGCCGCCCGCGCGCCUCCGGUAUGAGCGGCCGCCGGGCCGGCCCGUCAUCGAGGACAAGGAAGUCGACGGUGGCGUUGGCGGCCAGGACGAUGCGUUCCGGUUGCUGCUCGACACGCUCGUCGACGACGCCGACCUGCGCGACGUGGGCUCUGAGGAUGACGUCGCCAUUGCCUGCCACCGCAUCGUGCACGGGGGUGACUACGGCGACGCGCAGCUCAUCACCAGGCAGACGUACCACCACCACCUUGAGCGGCUGAGCGACCUCGCCCCCCUGCACAACGGCGCCGCGCUGGCCAUUGUCGCCUCAUGCAUCAAGCAGCUCCCGCGCGCCGCCAACCUGGCCUGCUUCGACUCGCAGUUCCACGCCUCCAUCCCCGCCCACAUCUCCACCUACCCCGUCGACCCGCAAGUUGCGAGGAAGAAUCGCCUGCGCAAGUAUGGCUUCCAUGGCAUCAGCUACCCCUUCAUCGCCCGCUCCGUUGCCGAGUUCCUAGACAAGGAUCUCGGCUCCCUCAACGUCAUAGCUCUGCACCUGGGCAGCGGCGCCAGCGCCGGGAGCGUCGACCCAGGCCUCGUUUUCCACUACGCCAGCGAUGCGGGAAAGCUGUCGCCGGCGUCGACAAGGGACUUGCACAUUUCAAAGGCCGAGGAGAUCCUCAACAGGGAGAGUGGAUGGAAGUGCCUCACGGGGACGACAGACUUUGGCGUCAUCUCGGGGUCCGACGAGGCGCGGCACAGGCUUGCCUUCGACCUGAUGGUGGACCGCAUCUGCGGCUUCGUCGGCAGCUACUACGUGUCGCUGCGCGGCGAGGUCGACGCCCUUGUCUUCGCGGGCGGCAUUGGCGGAGAGGACACCAGGCUGAGGCGCGCCGUGGUCGAGGCGACGGGCUGCCUCGGGUUUGCGCUGGACGAGCGGCGCAACGGGGCGAGCGGCGAGGGGGUUGUGCAGAACGUGGGCGCCGAGGGAGCCAAGCACGGCGUCCUGGUGUGCCGGACCGACGAGCAGUUUGAGAUGGCGCGAAUGUGCACGGCCAGGGAGGAGCUGUGGAGGUGA